GCCUUGUUUUUAACGCCGUGUGAUUGCUACGCGUCAUUUGAAAAUAGCGUUUUCUGUCUGUUAAUCAAGGAAAUCUUCUUCCACGUUAAAUAUAAAAAAAUGUCAGUAGAAGAACAUAUAUUGUAACCAUAUAGUCCGAUCGUUUUCGUGGUAAACGCGAUCAAUCAUGUUGUUUCCAACAAUUGAUUGCUGUUCUGACGAUAUAACAAACCAAGAGAUUGUUGGAUGGUGUGUAAAUAAUUCAGCGAGGAAAACAAACAUCCAAGAACUAAUACAUGUGUAGUUUGUUUGUGAAUGACUAAUAUGGCGUCUGACACAUUCGCGCACCAAAUGAUGGAGAACAUCCACCGAAUGUACAAAGAGCAACGGCAUACAGACAUCGAAGUGAAGGUCAAGGAUACAACGUUUGAAUGCCACAAACUUGUUUUGGCAGCAAUGUCACCAUAUUUCGAUGCUAUGUUUUAUUCUGGAAUGAUUGAAUGUACGGACAAUGUUGUACGGCUGCAGAACUUGUCAGCAAGUACAUUCGAAAGUGUUCUGUCGUUUUUAUAUUUGGGAAAAUGUCAUAUUCAUACCGAAAAUGUUGAGGACCUUCUAAAAGCAUCAGCUAUGUUUCAAAUUGGCAUGCUUACACAAAUGUGUGAACUGUUUUUGGUGAAUCAUGUAGAUCCAGAAAACUGCAUUGCAAUGUGGAAAUUGGCGUCCAUGCACCGAUGUAAAAUUCUUGAACAUACAUCUUUCUCAUUCAUCUUAAGUAACAUUCAAGACAUUAUGAACACAGAUAAUUUUAACCGCUUAGAUAAAGACGAAUUACUGUUGAUUAUUUCUCAUGAUGAGCUUAAUGUUGCAAAUGAAGAAAUAGUAUGUGAUGCUAUUUUUACCUGGUAUAAAUCUGAUGAUGUAGCAAGAAAAUCUGAUUUCGAAGAUCUCUUUGAACAUCUUCGUCUGCCUUUAGUUAGUUCUGAAUACCUUGUCAAUAAUGUAGACUCCCUGGAGGUAGUCACCAGCAGUAAGAAGUGUCAAGAAAUCGUCAAAGAAGCAAUAAGCUACCACAUGCUUCCUGCACGACGCCAUGAAAUAGUUUCUCCAAGGGUCAUUUACAGAAAACAUGCACUACACGAAGAGGUACUUGUAGUACUUGGUGGCUACUCUCAAUCAGGUCAGAAAGUCAUCGACGUUCUUGGAUACAGUUUCCGCCAGGAAAAGUGGUUUAUUUUGUGUCCUCUGAUCUACAAACUUGGUCGAGAAUACGCUUGUUGUGUAUAUGGAAAUGAUAUUUACGUAUCUGGCGGUUCACAGAGACUGCAGAGUCUUGUUAGGUUCUCUGCAGAGUACAACCAGUGGCAAAGGUGCGCGUCAAUGGCUCAAGGUCGCAGAAGGCAUGCUAUGGUAGCAGUGGGAGAGUCUCUCUUUGUUAUUGGAGGAUAUGAUGACAAAACGAAUGAUGAGCUGAAAAGGACACUGAUUGAUAUCGAAGAAUAUAACAUCAGCACAAGCUGUUGGUAUACAGUGGGUACUUUGGUAAAACCUGUGCGGUCUAUGUCAUCUGCUGUUUCCAAAGAAAAGAUAUUGAUAUUUGGUGGACUUCUUCGUGGUGAACACGAAACUGCAGCUAUCCAGUCGUAUGAUACUCGUACACAGAGCUGCACAAUAGUGGGAGAUCUUCCAUUGUGCUGUAAACUCACAAGGAGUGUGACAUUUGACAAAAGAAUACUCAUAUUUUGUACUGACGGAACAGUAAUUGAAGUAACCACUGAUUUAAAAUUUAGAGUUUUCGCCAAAAUUGCCAACUUCACUCGGAGACGGUUUGGAGUGAUCGUACAUGACCAGAUGGUUUUAAUACUCGGUGGAGAAUCGGGAGAAAAGGUGCUGAGAGAUAUCCUCAUGUUCAACCCUGAAAGCAAAACUGUUGUCUCACACACAAACCUACAAAUGGCUCCUGCUCGUGCUAACUUUGGAUGUGCAAAAAUAGUGAUGAAGAAGAGAAACCUGACAAUGGAAUGGCUGGAAGACUCUUGACAGUGUGUUAACGUGUAUAGGUUCCCUUUGACUCUUGAUGGAGUAUCAACAUGUAUAGGUUCCCUUUGACAAGAGUAUCAACGUAUAUAAGUUCCUUUUGACUCUUGAUGAAGUAUUCACGUGUAUAGAUUUCCUUUGACCCUUGAUGAAGUAUUCAUGUGUAUAGGUUCCCUUUGACCCUUGAUGGCAUAUUCACGUGUAUAGGUUCCCUUUGACUCUUGACAGGGUAUCAACGUGUAUAGGUUCCCUUUGACUCUUGAUGGAGUAUUCACGUGUAUAAAUUCACUUAUCCCCC